AUGAUCAGGAUGUUCUUCAACGACGUCGGGUACGACUUACGCAUCUCGGUUGAGGGUGGGACUCCCACCAAUCCCCUCAGCUCGGAUGACGGAGGGGGUGCCGACCCCGCGGCUGGGUCUGGUGGGGGUGCUGCCCCGCACGGCUCCCCCCGUCGCUCCCGCAGCCGUUCACCAUGCUCCGAGGCCUCCGACGACGACUCAACUGAUCCUGGGGACGAUCCCCCUCCUGCCGGUUCCUCCCACCCCUCGUCCGCCCACUGCUCGGGGCUCGGCUCCCACGACGCCUACCCUGGGGUUGGGUCCCUCGACGCCUGCCCGAGGGACGAGUCCGAGGACAUUGAGGCCAUUGCAGCCAUGCUCGACGAGGCUGCCACCCUUCCUCCCCCCUUCCUCCCCCCGCCGCUAUCCUUGUCGGAGGAGGAAGGGGGCGGUGACAGCCGGGGUAGCAUGGAGGUCCGGCCUCCGUCCUCCCCUCAGCUCGUGUCUCCGAUGCCUGUCCGGGAGGACCCUCCGGCGCCAGCGCUUCUGGAGUCCGGCCUCGCGGCUACCUUCCCUCCCGCGUCGUCCAGCCUCCCAAGUCCCGGGGCCGCCACCGCUCGGCCUCUACUCUGGCCUCGUCUGCCCAGAAGAGUGCCAGGCUUGAGGCGGCUCCGCGGCUGA